GAGCCUAUAAUACCGCAGCUCAUUGACGACUGUGCGCCGGAAAGUUUCUCGCGUAACGUUCCUUAUAAGCCUCCGCCAGUUGGCCUCUUGAAUCAGUCGUUCGCCAGGUCCACUCGCGAGCGAAUCUUAACAGCUCUACUCCCCCUCUGCGUACUGUAAAUUCGCGCGUGCGGCAACAUCGCUUCCCACACCGUCCAUUCGUCAGCUAUUAUACGAAAUUUAUAAACGAAAGACACGGGAGAGUGUAGGAAAGAGAGUAAAUGAGAGAGGAAAUGUUAAGUUCCGAGGAAAUCGCUGGCAUAGCAAGGCGAGCCUUCGACGGCGAGAACGUCGAGGUCGUGGAGCACCAAAUGAGUUCGCACUCGAAGAGCAGGGUCGGCUUUCUGGGCGAGCAUCAGGACCUUCGGAUCACGGUCAGGCGUGACAAGGCCGCCGGACUCGAGAGCCUCAACCUGUUCGUCAAGGCCGUGCCACAGGCCUCCGAGCAGCAGUCCAAGUUCAUCCGGGAGCGCGGGAUCUUCAAGCAAGAGGCCCAGUACUUCAACAAGCUGCUGCCGCUGCUCCGCGAGUCGUACGCCGGCCAAGACUGGUGUCCCAAGUGCUUCCUGGCCAGCGACAAGCUCCUCGUGCUGGAGGACAUGCGCGAGCGAGGCUUCGCCAUGCUCGCCGACAAGAUCCUGGACGGCGAGCAUCUCGAGGCGGCCUUGAGGGCCCAGGCACGGCUCCACGCGGCUUCCCUCCUGGCCCAGGCGAAGCUGGGCAACUCCCCGGCAGAGGUCUACCCGGAGGCUUGCGUCGAGCAGAUCUACAACGAAGCGCUACUGAAGAAGAACCGGGUGCUGCUCUACGCCGACCUGGCCGAGCAGGUGGCCCAGCGGCUGGGCCGCGACCACCGGCGCCUCCUCUCGGGCUUGAUGCUCGGCUUCGACAGGCUCUACCGGCAGAAGGAUUACCCGAGCAAGCUCAGCCCCGUCUUCUCCCACGGCGACUGCUGGCCCAACAACUACCUCUUCGACCGGAGCCAGCCACUCCGAGCCCGCCUCGUCGACUUCCAGCUGACUCGCAACGCGCCCCGCAUGUUCGACGUCGCUCACCUGACCUACCUCGGCACGACCUCGGACAUCAGGAGGCGAGAACUGAGGAGAGCCAUCGAGGGCUACCACGAGGAGCUGUGCGACGCUCUGGAGAGGAACAACCCCGAGUUGGAGCGACCCAGCCUGGCGGAUCUGCUGGAGGAGUACGAGGACAUGAAGCUGAGCGCCUUGUUCACCGGGGUCAUGUACUACCCCAUCAUACUGCAGAGCAAGAAGGAGCUGGAGAAGUACAGGGACGACCCGGAGCUUCUCUACAACAGGAUAAUGCUGCGGGACAACAAUCGCUACGUGAUGGAGCUGUACGACCGGGACAACGAGUUCGCCAGCAGAAUUAACGAAAUCGUGAGCGAGCUGAUCGACUACUGCGAGGAGCACAACAUUCCCAUCGGCGAACAAGAGAACGAAGUGUAGUAUAGGGAAGAAAGAUUUGUAAUCGUUUAUCUCUUUGUGUGUAGGAAAGAUUGUGUAACCCUAGUGGAAAACAAAAAAAUUUAAUAAAUUGUGAUAAAAUAUAAGAAAAUGUAACAAAUCGUGCCAAUUUGUACGUUCUGGUUGGAUUUCGGGCCUUUUUUACGUUUUAUUACAACUUAUUAUACAAAUCCAUUGAUCCAGGACUUCGUGGGGCUCUCUUCUUUGAAACGUCAAUUAUGUAACAAUACGUAAAAACGUAUAACAAAAUGUAAAAAAAUUGUCUGUUACAUUUUAUUAUAAAAUGAAUAAUUAAAAAAAUACAUUGACUAUAUUAGAAUGUAAAAGAAAGUUAACAAAUCUGAAAUCUUACAUUUUUUUAAGAAUUAAAGAGUAAUAUUUUUUGCUACUUUAAUUAUUAAUAUAUUCGUCGUUUCGCCAAUUUUAA